AUGCAGAAGGAGUCACUUGUGGAUAAACUGAAGGAAGACUACAGGUGCAUUGGGACGAUCAGCAUCCCAGACACGCUGCUCUUUCUUGUAACCUUCAUCCCUCUGCUUGUUCUGUCCAAGCGCUACAACAAAAUUCCAUGGCAGAUUAUAUUUACACUCUUUGGGAUAUUCGUCGCACAGAUACUUCCGCGAGGAUCCUUUGUCCUGCUAAGCAUGAAGUAUCCGGAUUUAUCACUUAAUUUUUUCGCUUUCGAACCCCUUGAUACACUAAUAAGCCACCAGAACUUUCAUCCGACAAUCGUUCUAUAUGGAUUUGGUAUUGCCACCGUCGGGCUCAUGGAGACCCUCAUCAGCUCUCUUAUUGCAAACAACCAUGUGAACGAUAAAUCGUACUUAAACUACUCGAGUGCCCGUGAUACGUUUGGCUUGGCACUCGCGAACAUGUUCAGUGCGUUCUUUGGGGGAAUUCCAUCGACCGCCGCAUUGGCCCGGACGGCGCUGAUGGUUCACUCCGGCGCCUUUUCGCGGGUCUCCGGUAUUAUGUCCAGCGCCGCCGUGGCCCUUUUGUGUAGUGUGCUGCGUCCCCUCUUCAAAGAGCUGCCUAUGGCCACUGUGGCAGCCAUUUUGAUGGUUGUCGCGUACAAACUGGUGGACUUUCACGACCUUCACAUUCUGCAUGUGAUUGACACCGCUAACCUUUACUCCACCAUUAUUACGUGCGCCGCCUGCACCCUCACCGACACCUUUAUUGGGCUUGUUGUCGGCAUUGUGAUUAGCGUAUUGCUGAACUACAGUGAUGCGACCUUGUCCGAGAUCCUAUUUGUAGAGGAGGACGAGGUGUUUGCAUCGCCACGAACACCCCAACCGCGUGUCUUUCGGGUCCUCAUUGUGCAGCCGCAGGAGUCACUUCUCUUUAUUAACAGUGCAACUGUAAAAAAUAUCAUAUUUGAGAGGAGCCUUGCAUUUCGUGAGUCAUUGCCAGAGGAGACAAAGAAACGUCUUGUUCUUGACAUGUCACUUGUGAGGCGCGUUGACUUUGAUGGAACGAAAGCCCUCGGUGAAAUUAUUAACGCCCACCGUGAAAAGGGCUGGCUUGUCGAUGUUAUGAAUUGUCAGCACCUACGCAACAGUCUGGUGCUUUGCACGCCGUAUCAAGACCUGCAGAAGCUUGAGUAUACUGAGCUGUACUGA